UCAGAGUCAAGGUAGGACCAUGUUUCGGCAGUACUGCAGUUUUGGCACUGGCACCAGUGCGCCCAUGGGGAGCGCGGCUUGCUUCUUGUGCCACAAGUUUCAGAGCAACAUUUGGUGAGAGUACGCUACAUAAAAGGCUUUGGAAUAAGAGGUUUUGGAAGCUGCAUGCAUCAGAAAAAGGGGUCACCACCUGACAAAAACACCUUGGAUUUUUCCAAUCAGCAGGACAGCGUUUGAUGGGCUCCAAUUCAGCAGAAGCUUCAUACAGCAAAAUUGGUGCCCCCCAAAGCUCUCCUCGGGUAGAUAUACGCCCUCCUCAAUUUGAAUCUGAGACCCUGACUUCAGACUUCUGAUGGCAGCGCAUGAUACUUCCAGCAAAAAGUACAGUUCUGCACCUUCUCCUCCAGCAUCAAGCUCAGAGGAAGGGGUGAUGGCGCCCCUGCUGCUGCGGCGAGGCGAGCAUGCCUCCAGAAGCAAUCACAACGGGGGGCUCAGGAAGACUGCGAUUCCGGCAGGGGGGGAAGCGGAGGGGGCGGCUUUGAGAAGGAAUGUAGCGGGGGAUGAUCUGGAGAAUGGGGAGAAGACGAGUGGCAGCUUGUGGAGAGUUUUUGCACUGGCGCGGCCGGAGAGGACGAUGAUCAUAAUUGGAACAGUUGCUUUGCUGGUGUCUGCGGUGGCGAAUAUUGCACUGCCCCGGUUCGCCGGCCAGGUCAUAGACACUGUGACCUCCCAGAUUGGAACGGACCCUUCUCCGGAAGCAAAGGCAGCCGCAAAGCGGGCGCUGGACGGCACGAUUCUGCAGAUUGUCUUGGUUGUGUUGGUUGGGGCUGCCGCAACUAGCCUGAGGACUUAUCUCUUCCAGGCGGCGAGCGAGAAGGUGGUUGCCCGGUUGCGGCGCCAGCUGUUUGCCUCGCUGGUCAACCAGGAUAUCGGCUUCUUUGACACCACCCGCACUGGCGAGCUCCUGAGCCGGCUCUCGGAGGACACCCAGGUGAUAAAAACGGUGUCAACGACGCACCUGAGCGAGAUGCUGCGCAGCGUUGCCACCGCAAGUCUCGGCCUCGCAUUCAUGGGCUCUACGUCGUGGCGCCUGACGGCGCUCGCGUGCAUUAUCAUCCCACCGGUCUCAAUCAUUGUGCGCUCGUACGGGCGGUACCUGCGGGAGCUCUCCCGACGGACGCAGGCGUCUGCAGCCGCUGCUUCUGCGACCGCCGAGGACGCCCUCGGCGCCGUCCGCACUGUCCGCGCGUUCGCUCAAGAAGCGUCCGAAGGCGCGCGGUACGGCUCGAAAGUCGACGAGUCGCUCCAGUACGGGAUUGCGCAGGCCCGCACGGUGGGCUGGUCUUCCGGCGGCCUUUUCGCUCUGUCCUCGGGGGCUAUGGUCGCCGUUCUGUGGUACGGCGCGCGGCUGACGAUAGCGGGGGAGCUCAGCGCAGGCGCGCUGUCCGCGUUCGUGCUCUACAGCCUCACGGUCGGUUUCUCCCUGGCGUCCCUUUCCAGUCUGUACGCCAACUUGAUGCGAGCGGUCGGGGCCAGUCACCGGGUGUUUGAGCUCCUGCAGCGGCAGCCAAGUAUGCCCCCGGCAGGCGAAGAAAGGCCCCGGGGUUCCGGGCAGGGGGGGGAGGUUCGGCUGGAGAACGUGUGGUUUGCUUACCCCUCCAGUCCGGAAACGUGGAUUUUGAAGGGCGUGGACUUGGUCCUAAAACCGGGCACUCGGACCGCGCUUGUUGGCCCGAGCGGCGGCGGAAAGACGACGAUCGCGAAUCUAGUAGAGCGCUACUACGAUCCCACCAGCGGACGGAUUCUGUUGGACGGCGUUCCGCUUCCGCUCGUCGACCAUUCGUUCCUGCACCAAAAGGUAUCCAUCGUCAGUCAAGAGCCGGUCCUCUUCAACGACUCCAUCGCUUAUAACAUCGCGUAUGGCCGGGGCGACGUGCCCCGGUCACAAGUCGAGCAGGCGGCGGUUAGCGCAAACGCCCAUGAUUUCAUCCGCGACUUUCCUGGGGGGUACGAAACAACAGUUGGGGAACGGGGGGUGCGGCUGUCCGGGGGCCAGAAGCAGCGGAUUGCGAUUGCGCGCGCACUUUUGAUGGACCCCAAAAUCCUUUUACUGGACGAAGCUACGAGCGCUUUGGACGCAGAAUCAGAGCACCUGGUUCAGGAAGCGCUGGACCGGUUAAUGGUUGGAAGGACGGUCCUCGUGAUCGCCCAUCGAUUGUCCACCGUCCAAGGAGCGGACGUCGUGGCGGUGGUAGAGGAGGGAGUGAUCCGCGAGAAGGGAACCCACGAGGAGUUGAUAAAAAAGCAGGGCAUAUAUGCAAGCCUCGUGAAAAGGCAAUUGCAAGCGGGAAAGAGUGACUUGACGUUGAGCGAGUUGACGUAAUCCCGGCCUAGUUUUGUCCCUCAUGGACAAAUAUCGCGCGCAAGAAGGUCUUCAGAUGGAACGCGCAAUGGUCUGCGGCCUUAUCUCGCGAUGUGGGCCGCUUUAUUUAGCGCGGCCGCCGCCCAUUGUGGAUACCGGGUAGCGAAUCAAGUGCC